CCAGGAUCGAUCUCCGCAUUCUCCAUAGUCCCCAGUGAUCUAAUUCAUUGGAGCUGUGUCGAUCCUCUUACUCAACAUGCGUCUCUCUCCAGCAUGGUACCAGUUCCUGGUGGGCGUCUUCGCCUCGCUUGGUUCCUUCCUCUAUGGAUACGACCUAGGUGUCGUCGCUGAAGUGAUUGCAAGUGGAUCAUUCAUAUCCAAGUUCGAGGCAGACACCACCCAACAAGGACUGGUGGUGUCCAUGUUCACAGCGGGUGCUUUCUGCGGUGCAGCAUUCGCUGGACCCAGUGGUGACGCUCUCGGGCGAAGAUGGACCAUCACUGUCGGUUGCAUUGUCUUCUGUCUGGGAGGAGGUCUCCAGACAGGGGCACAGACGAUCUCCUACCUGUAUGGCGGACGAUUCAUCGCCGGUCUGGGCGUUGGUUUCCUCACCAUGAUCAUCCCUCUCUACCAGGCAGAGAUCUGCCAUCCCGACAUUCGAGGUCGAGUCACAGCCUUGCAACAGUUCAUGCUGGGCGUUGGGUCACUGUGUGCAGCAUGGAUCUCAUACGGCACAUACAUCGGAUUCUCUAAUACCAACGAUGCCCAGUGGCAGUUGCCCCUUGGUCUGCAAAUUGCACCCGCCGUGAUUCUAGGCCUUUUGAUCAUGUUCUUCCCAGAGUCCCCCCGCUGGCUCAUUGACCACGGUCAUCACGAGAAGGGUCUGAAGACUCUAGCACAGCUCCACGCGCACGGAAACGAGGAUGAUCCCUGGGUUCGGGCCGAAUACAACCAGAUCCUGGAGAGCAUCACAUUCGAGCACGAGCACGAAGCCAAGUCCUAUAAAGAACUCUUCACAUCCCGCUCAUCGUUCCGCCGUCUAUUUCUCUGCUGUGCGGUGCAAGCUGCAGGACAAAUGACCGGCGUUUCUGCCAUCCAAUACUACUCCGUGACAAUCUACGAGCAAAUUGGCAUCACCGGGGAAGCGACCCUGCGGUACCAAGCCAUCAACUCGAUCAUCGCCCUGAUAGCCCAAUUCUUCUGCAUCAUGCUGAUCGACCGCUUCGGCAGACGCUGGAGCCUGAUCUACGGCAACCUGGGCAACAUGGUGACCUUCAUUGUGGCGUGCGUGCUGCUAGCAAAAUACCCGGUGGACGCGAACAACACAGGGGCGCACUGGGGCUUCAUCAUCAUGACCUGGCUUUACAACUUCUCGUUCUCGUGCACGUGCGGGCCCCUGACGUGGAUCAUCCCGGCGGAGGUGUUCGACACGCGCACGCGGUCCAAGGGCGUGUCGCUGGCCACCAUGACCUCGUAUGCGUUCAACACGAUGAUCGGGCAGGUGACGCCUAUCGCGAUGGCGAAUAUCCAUUAUCGCUAUUAUUAUCUCUUUAUUAUUUGUAACUUCACCAAUGCCGUGUUCUUCUGGCUGCUGCUGCCGGAGACGAAGAAGCUGCCGCUUGAGGAGAUGAAUUAUCUGUUUUCGAACUCGCCGUGGCUGGUGCCCGGGUCGAGCAAGGAGGAUUAUGUCCCUCAUGAUCUGCAGCGCAGGGUGGAGGAGCAGGAGGAGAAGCAGCAGGUGUUUGCUACUCAUCGCGAGUCGGUCGUGGGUUAG